CACAGCACGACGCGCGUAUCAGUGCCGGCGCGUCGGCAAAUAACCUCAUUCUGCAUACUGACUGUUAUUUCGAAGGUCUUCUCUGGUAUUAUACCGUCGGUCUGAAACAAGGUGACAGCCACCAGCAAGAAGUGCGAUCCACGGCUCAAGCACCGCCAUGGCUGCGCUGUCGGGAGGAGAGAUGUGCAUCAAAUACCUGAUGUUCGCCUUCAACCUGGUGUUCUGGCUUGCUGGCACCGCUGUCUUUGCCAUAGGCCUGUGGCUGAGAUUAGACCCAAAGACCAAAGGCCUGUUUGAAGGAUCAGACUCUCCGUAUGUGUUUUACACAGGUGUGUACAUCCUGAUAGGAGCUGGAGCACUGAUGAUGGUGGUGGGUUUUCUGGGAUGUUGUGGGGCCAUCCAGGAGUCCCCCUGUAUGCUCGGACUGUUCUUCUUCUUCCUGCUUAUCAUUUUUGCCGUCGAGGUCGCAGCCGGAAUCUGGGGAUUUUCCAACCAAAGCAAGGUGGUGAACGACAUCACAAACUUCUACAUGCAGACGUACAAGAACUACCAGAUGACAGGAGAUGAACGCCUCAAAGACACACUGCGGUUGAUCCAAAAAGGGCUGAACUGUUGCGGACCAACUGGCACAGUAGCAGAUUCCGCCAAAGACACCUGUCCUAAGGGCGAGCCACUUGAGGAGCUCAUUACUAAGAGCUGUCCAGACGCUAUUGAUGAGGUGUUUGACUCCAAGCUACACAUCAUAGGUGGAGUGGGCAUCGCCAUCGGGGUUGUUAUGGUGUUUGGGAUGAUCUUUAGCAUGCUCCUGUGCUGUGCCAUCAGGAAGUCUCGGGAAGUGGUGUGAAACCCACCACCACACCCUCAAGUCCUUAUUAUUGUUGCAUGAUGUCACUCCAAGAGUCACAUGACUCUCCACUGCCAAUAGAAACACUGCUUGUUCAAGGGGGAUAACCUAAGCUAUGCUGGGUGCAGAUAUUUCUGAUUUUUAAAUUAUACAUUAGUAAUUGUAACUGUGCUGCUGACACUUCCUGGACCAUAUAUUUGCAAUGUGGUUACUUGGCCCAACUAUAGACUGGGUGUCAUCUGUGCUUCAGUGGCAGUGUAGUACAGAAAUGUGUAAUUGUGUGGUCAUUUGAUUGAAAUUAGUGUUUGUGAACGGCUAAUUAUCUAAACAAAAGAUCAUAUUAUUGUAUACUGAUCACAUUUCUCACCUUCUGGCAAGGAGUCAUGGACUAGGGCCUUAAAAGAAAGGCAACCACCACCACUUCAGCACAAUACAGCAGUAGCCAAUGAAAUUAUACAUUUCCUUUUCCUUACAACACUGAAGUCAAACCAAGGUGACUUGUAGCCAACUGAAUGCCGAGCUGUGAACUGUGUUGACUGUGGUCUGUUCUAGCUUGGUAUUAGAGUAGCAUUUCAGAUCCGUUAUUGUGACAUUCAGUUUGCGUCUGUCUUUCUCCAUCUUCUAACUUGCCCAUUCUAAAAAAAAACGCCUUUAAGUUUUUGUCACAUUUUGUAAAUGUCUUCUUUUUUUUUAUUUGUAAAAGAUUUAUACACUUAGUUGGUUGUACGGUAAUUGCAGAUUGAUUAUGUAUUUUAUAAUGUCCUUUUAUUUUACAGAGACUGGGUUGAUUUAUAACAUAUGCACUAUGUUUUACAUAGUUUAAAAUUAAUGAGAACCAAAUAAACCAAACUGAGUCGA